AUGGUACGUUGAUGCAAAAUUCGCGGUCAAAACGCUCAAAUAAACAACAGCAACCCCUGUUCACAUGCCUCUCCGAACCUUGCGGACUGCAAGAGGGAGUCCGCCCAUUCUGGCAGUCCGAAAUGUUCGUUCCCUUUUAGACAAUCCGGGGAGCAGUUGACUGGCACGGAGGACGGCGCAAGUGGCUCGCGAACUAGCACUCUACAAGGUGGACAUUAAUGCCCUCAGCGAGACCCGGUUCUCCGAACACGGCAAUUUAGAGGAGGCGGUUGACGGCUACAUCUUCUUCUGGGGUGGUCGUUCCAAGGCAGAGCGACGGGAUGCAGGUGUCGCCUUUACUAUCCGGAACGACAUCGUGAGCGCCUGUCUGCCGCAUGGCGCUAAACGACCGCUUUAUGAACCGGCGCCUGCCUCUUCGGGGAGCCAUGUUUGCCGCAAUCGCCCGCCAAUGACCAGUCGCGACGAGUUGAAGCACAAGUUCAACGAGAACCUGCAUUCCCUCCUGGCAACUGUACCGAAGGCAGACAAACUGGUCGUCCGUGGUGACUUCUACGCCCGCGUCAGGACAAGCUGUGCUGCCUGGAGCGGAGUACUGGGUCCCCACCGAAUCGGCGGCUGUACCAACAAUGGUCUCCUUAUCCUGCGAACCUGCGCAGAAUACCGUCUCCUGCAGACCAACACCUUCCGCCUUCCGACGCUGGAGGAGGCGAUCUUGAUGCACCUCCGGUCGUGA